AUGGCACCAGACAUUAUCAAGCUUGCUGAUCCUACAUUUUGUACCGUGCCAUCACAUAUUCAGGGGUCAGAUCAAUAUUGGCCACAUUUUAAGGGUUGCAUUGGUGCGAUUGAUGGGGUUCACAUCCCCGUGGUCUUACCAGAAGAGAAGCAACACCCGUAUAGAGGAAGGAAAGGGGCCACAACAGUAAACUGCAUGUGCGCAUGUGAUUUUGACAUGAAAUUCACAUUCGCAUGUGUGGGAUGGGAAAGGUCAGCGCAUGACAUCAGGAUCUUUUUAAAUUGCCUGAAUAAUGAGAGAAACAACUUUCCAAAACCUCCACCUAGAAAAUAUUAUCUUAUUGAUUCAGGGUACCCGAUGAAGAUAGGGUUCCUUGCACCAUAUAAGGGGGAGCGGUACCACAUCCCCGAUUUUCAAAAAGGUUCACAGCUGCAUCAUCCAAAGGAGAGAUUUAAUUAUCUCCAUUCAUCACUUCGUUCGGUCAUAGAACGAACUUUUGGAGUUUGGAAGAAUAGAUGGAAAAUUUUGAGAUAUAUGGCAGGCUUCAGUAUACGCACUCAAAAUAAAAUCAUUGUAGCUACAAUGGUUCUUCACAACUUUAUUAGAACAUAUGACCACAAUGACGUUCCACAUUCGCGCUCUGCACGGAGCACAUAUGGAGGUAGUGAGGGAGGUCAUUACAAUGAAGUGGCAGAUGUGGUCUCUUACUUGGAUUCAGAUGAGAUGAAAGAGGUUCGGGACUAUAUCACAGUAUCGAUAUGUAUAGACCAUAACUGA